GCUCCCGGCAGGCUGCGCGGGGCGCGCCGUGCGUGCCGAGCAGGCCGCAGUGCGGGCCGGGGCCGCGGCGAUGCUGGAGGAGGCGAGCGAGGUGCUGGAGUCGGUGCUCAAGGCCUCGUGCCUCCCGCUCAGCGUCCUGCUCUUCGUGCCCGCCGUGCUCCUGCUCCUGGGGCCGCCGCCCGCCGCUGAGGCGGCGCACGAGUUCACCGUCUACCGCAUGCAGCAGUACGAGCUGGGCGGGCAGACCUAUGGCACCAGGAGCGCGGUGCUGAACACGGAGGCGCGCACCGUGGAAGCGGACGUGCUGAGCCGCCGCUGCGUCAUGAUGAGGCUGGUGGACUUCUCCUACGAGCAGUACCAGAAGGCUCUGCGCCAGUCAGCCGGGGCUGUGGUCAUCAUCCUGCCACCAUCCAUCUCCUCUGUCCCCCAGGAUGUCGUGCGGCAAUUCAUGGAGAUAGAGCCAGAAAUGCUUGCUAUGGAAACCAUUGUGCCAGUCUACUUUGCAGUGGAAGAUGAGGAGCUGCUGUCUAUCUAUGAGCAAACACGGGCUGCUUCUGCAUCACAGGGCUCUGCCUCAGCUGCAGAAGUUCUGCUGCACACAGCAACUGCCAAUGGCUUCCAGAUGGUGACCAGUGGGGCUCAAAGCAAAGCUAUCAAUGACUGGCUCAUCCCCAGUGUGGAGGGAAGGCUGACAGGGCUGGGUGGAGAAGACUUGCCCACUGUUGUGAUAGUUGCCCACUAUGAUUCCUUUGGAGUGGCUCCAUGGCUGUCCCAUGGGGCUGACUCCAAUGGCAGUGGAAUCUCAGUGCUGCUGGAACUGGCCAGGCUGUUUUCUCGGCUCUACACCUACAGAAGGACCCAUGCUGGGUACAACUUGCUGUUCUUUGCAUCUGGAGGUGGCAAGUUUAAUUAUCAAGGAACUAAGCGGUGGCUGGAGGACAAUUUGGACCACACUGAUUCCAGCCUGCUGCAGGACAAUGUAGCAUUUGUUCUCUGCCUUGACACUCUGGGCAGAGGCAAUAGCCUUCAUCUUCAUGUCUCAAAGCCUCCCAAGGAGGGCACCUUGCAGCAUGCAUUUCUGAGAGAACUGGAGACGGUCGUUGCCAGCCAGUUCCCAGAGGUGAAGUUUUCCAUGGUGCACAAGAAGAUCAACCUGGCUGAGGACAUGCUGGCGUGGGAGCACGAGCGCUUCGCCAUCCGGCGCUUGCCGGCGUUCACCAUCUCACACCUGGAGAGCCACCGGGACAGCCUGCGCAGCAGCAUCAUGGACAGGAGGGCACGAAUAGACACUAAAGCACUGACCAGGAAUACCCAAAUCAUUGCUGAGGCUUUGACAAGGGUCAUCUACAAUCUAACAGAAAAGGGAGCACCUGCAGAUAUGCAGAUCUUCACAGAUCAGAUGCAAAUCCAGCAGGAGCAACUGGAGUCAGUGAUGGACUGGCUGAGCAGCCAGCCCAGGGCUGCCCAGCUGAUUGAUAAGGACAGCACCUUCCUCAACACCUUGGAAUAUUGUAUGGGACGCUACCUGAAGGAUGUGAAGCAGCACCACGUGAAGGCAGACAAACGGGACCCUGAGUUUGUUUUCUAUGACCAGCUGAAGCAGGUGAUGAAUGCAUACAGGGUCAAGCCAGCAAUCUUUGACCUGCUCCUGGCUGUCUGUAUUGCAGCCUACCUUGGUGUUGCCUAUGUUGCAGUGCAGCACUUUGGUCUCCUUUACAAGAUGAUACAGAGAUUGUCCCUUAAAACCAAGCAGCAGUGAAGCACCAAGUCCCCCCACCCAGCAGCACUGAGCCAUCGGCUGAGAGACUUCAGCAAUUCCUGCAGUCUGAUUCUGAGCAGCCUCUCUGAGUGUAAUACAAAGUCCAACACCUUCAUGGACACUGUCACACAGCCAGCCUGGAAACUGAAACUACAGCCUGAUGUGGUGUCCCUGCCCAGCAAACCAGGACUUGGAGCAGUUAUUUAAAAGAAAAAAACCAAAAGUGCACAUGCCAAUUAAAGAGAAUGCAAUUAGCAUGUUUCCUUAUGGCACCUCUUCCUUGAGUUCACUGCCUGGCUUUAGGGAGUUGUGCUGAGCAAGCAGUGUCUGCAGCAAGAACCUUCUUGCAUUUUGUUCAAUCUCACCCCCUUUUAGGAGCUGCACUGAGUGAUCUUGGCUGUUAUUACCAGGAUGAGGAAAGAUUUAGGAUGGGUUUGGGGCAUGAGGGCCCUUGCCAGGGACAGGUUCUCUCCUGUCUCUCUUGGAGGAUGCAUUUUGCUGUGUACUUGAUUUCUCUGGAGGUUUUUGGUCCUUGAACAGUUCACAGCUGCCACCACUGUGCUAAACUCUUGCUUGAUUUUUGAGGGGUGUUCCAAGAUCAUGUGCUGCAAGAUCAUGUUCUGUGCUGUUCCAUGUACUUACACAAGCUGGUUCUGUUGAGAGCAAGAGCAGCUCAGACCUGGAAAAUACGUUGAGAUACUGCAAGCCCUAGGCUAGUUGUAGUUCUAGAAGAUAACCCUGAGCACUGUCCUGCCACCCAGCAAGUUUUGAGUCCUUUUCUGUAAUCUCUUCCAUUUACAUGAGGUUCUCUUCACAAGCCACAGUGACUUUUUUUUUUUUAAUUUAAGCUACAAUUUGUAAUUAAAGCAGCAUACUUUACACAGGCUGAAAAGCUAUUUUGAAUUGAGGUGAAUACACCUCAAGGUAUGUAAGGGAAAUUCCAGCUGUGCAUUCCUGUUUGCACACAUCUGCUGUGCACCUGCUGUUAUGGCCAGUCACUGUCCUUUGGAUGGACACCAAAGCACUGAUUUCCAUCCUCCUUUGCUUAUUUUACUGUAAUCUUUUUGGGAGUACCCUAAUCUCAUGAUGUGUCCUUUCUGCUACUUUAAAUAUGUAGCAACUUGUUCUUUAAAGGGCCUUGUCUUUUCCAGGAAAGCCUGCUGGUGUCAGUGGCUCACCAUGGUGUCAGCAUGGUGCCAAGCACUCCAGAACUAUCAGCCACCCAGAGAAAUUUGCUUUUCCUCAUCUUCUGAGUGCUCAUUUGAAAUGUUUCUCUCUGCAUGCAUGAAGUGCUCAUGGCACUACUCUGCCAAAUGAAUUUAUAAUGACUUCAGAAGUUGCUGGAGUGGCUGGAAGGCAAGUCUUGAUUGUUUUCCACUGGUUUUUAUGCUCUGCCCAUAGAGACUGCAUCUGCUGUGCCCUGGGAAGCUGCAUGCCCUGGGCUGGGUAGGUUUGGAACAUGCAUGGUGCAGUGGCUCUCUGAAGAGCUCUGUAGGCUCUGAAUAUCUGGGAGUAGUUUGAGUCCUCCAGCUGCAGCAUCCAUUUCUGGUGUUUUAACAUUUAAGGAGGUGGUGUUCCCUCCAGUCCAGUAGAUUAUUUCACCAGUCUUAAAGAUUAACUCAGUUACUUUGCUGAGAAAAAUAGAAAAAUAAUAUUAGCAAUGCUAAUAUUAUUUAAUUAUUAUUAUUAUAAUGCUGCAGCUUGAGUUGAUGUGUAAAAUUUGCCAGUAGUGGGCAAGAGCAAACAGAACAGAUCUGGAGCUUGUUCCUUGCUGUGGAAACUCAGCCUUCAGUGUUCCAGAUGAGAAUCUCAAAAGUUCAGAAUCAAAAACUUCCACCCAGUCUGUUUGCAGGGGCUAUAGCACAAAGAAAACACCUCAGCUCUGUGUGGUCUCAGCAAUGAACUGUUAACACUCCUGAUGCAGUGCCAGAAGCCAGUGGAAACAACCUAAAAAAAGAUGGAUAAGAUUAUUGAGGAGAAUUCAUAAACCUGAGAGGCAGUUGGGAUGGUACAUUGCUCUCUCCCACACAAGGUUAAUUUGUCCUGUAAUCCUUUUGUAUCUCUCUUCCUGGCUGCCAUAAAAAGUAGUUUUUACAACAGAUAAAAGGUUUUGCUUUUGAUCAAAGUGCACGUGCACUGAAACAUACAUGCUCAAAUCUGAGAGGGUCAAAUCCCAAGUUCCUCAGAGCUGGAGCAGAGUGCCCAUCCUGGGACUGAAUUUAAAUCCCAACUUCCUCAGAGCUGGAGCAGAGUGCCCAUCCUGGGACUGAAUUUAAAUCCCAACUUCCUCAGAGCUGGAGCAGAGUGCCCAUCCUGGGACUGAAUUUAGUUCCCACAUUGUUAUUUCCUUGGGUAGUCAGCAGAGAAGCUUGCAAAGAGCCCCUGGAGCUGAUCUGCACUGCAGCAUAACUGAUCAGUUCAGUCACCACCACAACAGGUGUUGUGAUUAAAGUUCUCCACAGCAUUGCAGAAGAGCUCUGUGUAGUUGAUUCUUGUUGCCCUUAUUUUUACCUAUCCUC